AUGGCAGCUUUCGCCGCGCUGUUCGACCCCCUCUACUGCCCGGAGGAGCACCUCGAUCUGUACCACGAAGAACCCGGCGAGGGUGCGGACGAGCAGUGGCCGGACGAGCACGGACAGCAGCAGCAGCAGCAGCAGCCGGCGGCUCUUGACGACGAGCUGCCGGCGCUGUUCGAGGCGCUCCGGGCCAAGGAGGGGGUGGUGCUGGCGGGCGAGGGGGAGGAGGACGGGUACGGCGGCGCGGCGGGCCGGGAGGCCGCGGUCGGCUGGGCGUCACGCGCCGCGGCGCGGCUGGGCUUCUCCGCGCUCACCGCCGCGCUCGCCGCCGCCUACCUCGACCGCUGCUUCCUCCCCGGGGGCGCGCUCUGGCUCGGCGACCAGCCCUGGAUGGCGCGCCUCGCAGCCGUCGCCUGCGUCGCGCUCGCCGCCAAGGUCGAGGAGACGCGCGUGCCGCUGCUCCCCGACCUCCAGCUCUGCGCCGCCGCCAGCUCCGACGCCGACGCCGCGGACCCGUACGUGUUCGAGGCCAAGACGGUGCGCCGGAUGGAGCUUCUCGUGCUCUCCGCGCUUGGGUGGCGGAUGCACCCUGUCACGCCCUUCUCCUACCUCCAGCCCGUCCUCGCCGACGCUGCGAUGCGCCUGCGCAACUGCGAGAGCGUCCUGCUCGCGGUCAUGGACGAUUGGAGGUGGCCUCGGCACCGGCCUUCGGCGUGGGCCGCCGCCGCGUUGCUGACCACAGCCGGCGGCGACGACGGCGACACGGAGCUCCUGGCGCUCAUCAAUGCCCCCGAGCCGGUGGACGCGUCGCAGGACGAGACCGCGGAGUGCGCCAAGAUCAUCUCCGAGGUGACGAGCAUGAGCUUCCUCGCCUGCGAUGUCGGCUUGAGCACCGGGAAUAAGCGCAAGCACGCGGCGGCGCGGAUGUACUCGCCGCCGCCGAGCCCGAGCGGCGUGAUCGGCGCGCUGUCCUGCUUCAGCUGCGAGAGCUCGACGUCCACCGCUACUACGGCUGCGGGGGUCGGCCCGUCGUGGGCACCGUCGGCGCUCGUGUCCGUGUCGUCCUCCCCGGAGCCCUCCGGUCGGGCCCCCAAGCGCGCUGCGGCGGCGGGGGUCGCGGUCCCGGUCGCGCACCCGCUUCCCCCCGACGAGGAGAGCCGCGACGCCUGGCCGUCCACCUGUGCCGCGUGA